GGGUAAAGAAUCCUGUCAAAAAUGAAAACUGAAACCAUCUCUGCAGUGCAAGGGUUUGGAAAGAUUUUUUUUUUUUUUUGGCCAGGGAAGAGUGAAUAUAAUCUCCUGCUGAAUCAUGAUUUAUAAAUGCGGCCCAGAUGAGACUUUUGGUGUCCCUCUGCCUCGUUGGCAGGGGUGACCUGACUUUUCGCCCUUCCCGAGACAAGCAAGCCUGCAUGGGUCUUUGAAAAACCCUCAAGGACCACUGGUUUAGGUUACAGAUCGCUGCGUGCCUUAGCUCCUCCAGCUGACCGGCUGCCAGAACUCAUACCCAGGUUAUGGUGGUGGUGCUGAGUUCUUGAGUCCUCAUUUUUUUGUUAGCCCCAGGGUCAGUCAUUUGCAGUGUCAGAUGUGAUGGUUUGCUUUGUCCCUGAUCUCCUGGAGGUGAGCAUAGCUACCCCAAAGCAGAAACCCAAAACUCCAUUCUGCUUCGUUAUCAAUGCCCUGUCUCAGAGAUACUUUCUUCAAGCCAAUGACCAGAAAGAUCUGAAGGACUGGGUUGAAGCUUUGAACCAAGCCAGCAAGAUUACCGUACCCAAGGCGGGGGCCGUACCCAUGGCCACUGAAGUUCUCAGAAACCUAACUGCUCCUCCCAACCCAGACAAGAAGCCUCAGAUGGCCUACAAGACUGAGAUCAUCGGGGGAGUGGUGGUGCAAACACCCAUCAGCCAGAAUGGUGGGGAUGGGCAGGAAGGGACUGAGCCAGGGUCUCACGCCUUCCUGCGGAGGUCUCAGAGCUACAUCCCCACGUCAGGCUGCCGUCCUUCCACCGGGCCUCCUCUCAUUAAGAGUGGCUACUGUGUGAAGCAAGGGAAUGUGAGGAAGAGUUGGAAACGUCGCUUCUUUGCCCUCGAUGACUUUACCAUCUGCUACUUCAAGUGUGAGCAGGACAGAGAGCCUCUGCGUACUAUACUGCUCAAAGAUGUUCUCAAGACUCACGAGUGUCUCGUCAAGUCUGGUGAUCUCUUAAUGAGGGACAACCUGUUUGAAAUCAUAACCACCUCCAGGACAUUCUACGUACAGGCGGACAGCCCUGAAGACAUGCACAGCUGGAUUCAGGAGAUUGGAGCAGCUGUGCAGGCCCUCAAGUGCCACCCCAGAGAACCAUCCUUUUCUAGAUCCAUUUCUUUGACUCGACCUGGAAGUUCCAGCCUCCCAAGUGGGCCUAACUCCAUCUUGAGGCGGCGGCCAGCAGUAGAAGAAAAAAGGGCUCUCUGUAAGGCCCCUUCUGUGGCCUCUUCCUGGCAACCCUGGACACCUGUCCCCCAGGCUGGGGAAAAGCUGUUGUCAGCUGAGAAUGUUCCAGAGGACUCUUUAUUCAUGCCUCACCCUGGGGAAAGCAACGCUACGGGGGUGCUGGUGAGUUCUCGAGUCAGGCACAGGUCGGAGCCCCAGCACCCCAAGGAGAAGCCAUUUGUGUUCAACCUUGAUGACGAAAACAUACGGACCUCUGAUGUGUGAUAUGCAGUGCCAUGGUGUGCAGGAGAGAUGGCUCUGUGACUCAUUUUCUCUGCCAUGGUAGAGGACAGAGGCUAAUAGCACUCAUAGUGGAGGGGCCCAUCCAGCUGGCUUUUGUUUUUGUUAAAUACAAUGCAGUGUAUUUAAUUAGGGGAAGUCAUUAGGUUAGACCCACAGGCAUACCCCAUUGCCUCUUGAGUGCCUCCCUUUCCCCAGGUUUCCUAGUGAGGGGUUAAUUUUAAUACUUCCUGUCUGGGGGUGGUUAGUCUAGUUUCACCUCUAACCAAGCCUCCCCCGUUUGUAUUUCUUUUAUUUUCUUGGUUUUGUUUCCAGUCUAUAUACAGGAUGUCAGACAAAGAGCUAGUUUCAUCUACCCCUGUUUAUUGGCUGAUGUGUGAGUAUCAGGGAGAUGCUUAUCAGGACAAAAAGACAUCAGGGUACAGGCGACUGAGAGGUGGCCUUACAAUCUGGGGAAUGACUUCAAAAUGUCUUCUUGGGCAGUUCCCCUCAGGACACCUCCCAGGGGAGGAGAAGGGGACCUCUUAUGACUCAUGAUGGCUAAUUAAACUGGCAUAGCCAUUUGUGGGAAUUAUGCUGUCCUCUUGAUCCUCUGUGACCCCAAGUACUGUAGACUUGGGUGACAGAGCCACAGGUCUGUUUUCUGUAUCAGGCCCCGAGGAUGGGGUUAUCAGUGUUAAAAUGUGGGACUGCUGAGGCCAGAACAGACACUUCCCUUGAAACCAUGUUAUUUGAGUGUGUGUGUGUGUGUGUGUGUGUGUGUGUGUGUGUGUGUGCGCGCGCGUGCGCGCGCGUGCAAUCUCCAUCUCAGAGGCUUCAUGCAAAGGGACUACUGAGAGGAGAUGGAUAAUUGUUUAUUUCAGGAAGCACCUUUGAUUUCCAGACAGGAGAAUAGUUCUGCUUUGGCACAGCAAAUCUUGAAUCCCUGUCUCAUGGUUCUUUUAGAAUGGGUUGUCGUUUGUCUAAUGUUAAGUGCUUGCUUGUGUCUUGUGCACCCUGUUGAUGGACUUGCUUUUUAUUCUUUAAGUUACCUGGUAAAUGAAGCCAUGCAUAUAGUAGGUGGAACCCAAGCUUGAUCUGAUAAGAUCCUGUGGAUUCCCCAGUGGAGAGACAACAAAGAUGAUUGUUUUCAAUAGUGAUAUUUUUCACGGAAUAGAAACUGGGAAUAAAGAAACUGAAUCAAAGGGUGAGUUGUUGGCUAGGGAUUUCCUGGGUUCUAGAAGAGUUCAGAAGAUUGGAUUUCCACCCUAAAUUUAGGGUGUGGCUUUUCCCAUUGGGCAAGAUACUAUUUCCAUCACCUUUGGGGGCAUUUGUGUAUAAACCUUCAGUGAACUAUGUUACCAGAGACUUAUGGCUGCUUCCUGCAAGGAGAGAGGAUGUGGCUCAUUCCUGUGUAACUUUUAUCAGCUAUGUAAGUUAGUUGCAUUUUUCAUUAGAAACUUGUAGCUUUUUAAGAAGAGAUUAGGAAGCAUUUUAUUUAAGCCAAUCACCACUCUUUAUGUCCAUAGUUAAUGAAAAAGAAAAACAGGCGUAAGUCUCUGUAAGUGUGAGUGGAAGUGUGUGUUGUGUGUUCUUUCUAAUGUGACUGGGCUAUGAUCCUGAAGCUGGUGCCACACCGACAACUCCUGAGCUUAUCGAGUGGGAGCUGCCCCCACUUGAAGUUUGGUCUUAUGCUCCUGAUCUAAAAGACAAAAACCACUGGAUCUCUUUUCCUUUUCCUGUUCUCCAUCUUUUCCCUUCUAUCCCUUUAUUAUUGCUUUUUAAAAGAACCUUAGUAUAUUUUGGUUUCAUAAACUCUUUGGUUUGGGGGAUUAUUUAUUUAUGAUGAUCAAGGUUAUAACUUACUUCAAAACCUAAUCCUAACUCUAAAAGCCCUUUGUCUCUGGCUUCAACUUAAAAUCUUUCUCUAGAAAAUUAUUUGGCUGUUCAACAGAAUUGCUCAAUGUGAGAUGAGGAACUAAUGAAAAUAAGUUAGGAACUCGGGAAUGGGCUUUACACAUCCCCUGACUCACAGAGAUGAUGUCAUCUGCUGGUGUUUAAAUUGUGAAAUCUGUCUGUCUCUCUCCUAUAAUAAACUGUUUGCUAGGUUGUUACUGCUUCAGGAACUGGUCAUUAUAGAAAGCUGAUAGGUUCCAUUAAGUAUUUUGACAUUGUCAUGAUAUUAAACCCAAUACAAUUUACUUUAUAUAAAUAAAGGGACAGUACAGUUUUUCCAUGACUCUAACUGGCUGAUACAUAGGAAUUCCAAGUUAAUAUAGCUUCAGUGUUGGGAAAAUAUAAUUAUCCUUGUGAAUUCUUAAUUUUUAUUUCAGAAUUCCCAUUUUGUCCAGAUUUCUGACCAGUUUUAUACCAAUCUCCCCCACCCUUUUUAAAUUUUUUUUUGCCUGAGUCUUGCUAUGUAGUCCAGGUUGGCUUUGAACUGGUAAUGCUCCUGCCUCCACCCUGCUUCCCGACUGCUUGGAUUACAAGCAUGUACCACCAUAUCCAGCCUAUCUCAGUAUUUUAAUGUAAGCCAAAGAUAGUGCAUAAACUAGUUUUCAAUGUAUAAAAUAGAACCCAGUGUGUGUGUGUGUGGAGGGGGAAUAGGGUGUGAUACAGUGUGGGUUUGUGGUUAAGCAUUUAUUGUGGAUAAAUCAGAAGGGAUUUCUGAAUUACUAAAGGUACUGUGUUUUUGUUUUUGUUUUGUGUGUGUGUGUAUGUGUGGAAUAAAAGCAGUCUCUGGGGUUAGGUCCUUCUUCAAGGCUUCUCAGAGAGUGUCCUCAGCACCUGAAGGACUCACCAUCCAGUAGCCUUGAAAGGUUUGAUGGACUUGUUUACCAAGGUCAGGUGAUAGCUGGCAAAAAUAGUGUGUCAUUCUGUGAACCCUGAUGAGAAUAUGGAAGACCACAGCCUAGGGAGGGACUUCAGGACAAAGCAGUGGAAUGACACCUCUACCAAGUAGACAUUCUCUCCCAAGUAGAAUGAUGAGCUUCUGGGGAGAGAUUUAAAGCCCAGUGUCUUAGUUCAAUGGAAGCAAACUGAUUUUGUUUCCCUCUUGAAAUAUAAAUAUGCUCUCUUUAGGACUAAAAUGACUCCCUGAAUAAAUAACAGAUCAGUUGUUGAGCAGUGGAUUUGAUGUCUUCAAUGUUAACCAAAUAAACAGUCAUCUGGUAGCAAAUGGCAGCGUUUUGGAAAUUAAGUUUCCCAUGUCACCACUUUAAUUUUGAAUUUUUUUCCCUCUAAAAUCUGUUUUCCUCAGAUCUCUCCUCCCCACCCCCGCCAGAGUCAAUUACAGUCACUCAUACUAGGUAGGCUUUGAAUACAGUGAAUGUUUGGCAAAAACACACAUCGUGACCCCUUGGUCCUCUGUUUAUGAAGGUGUGGCAUGGCCCGUUUGGGCCAGUGUUUGAGCUGUGAAACACCUCUGAAAGCACUGAGCUGAGUGCAUGGAAACUCCAGCUUCUUAUGUUUCGAGAUUUCCUAAUUGGUAUGUAGCAAAACGUAAUUUUCUAAAACUGUUUGGUUGCUUGUUUUUGUAAUAAAAACAUGUGAAAUAUGAAA